ACAAGAUAAAGGAGGUUUCUUUCAAGUUUUGUUUUCUUAUCACUUCCAUCUUUUCUAUCAGACCCAUCAACAACAGGAAACCGGGAAACCUCUCAGAUACUGUGGAAUUUCUUCUCCUGGGACUGUCAGAGGAGCCAGAGCUUCAGCCCCUCUUCUUUAGCUUCAGCCCCUCUUCUUUGUACCUGGUCACGGUCCCCGGGAACCUGCUCAUCAUCCUGGCCAUCAUCUCAGACUCCCACCUCCACGCCCCCAUGUACUUCUUCCUCUCCGACCUGUCCUUCACUGACAUCUGUUUCAGCUCCACCACGGUCCCAAAGAUGCCCGUGUACAUCCAGGCACAGAAUAAAUCCAUCAGUUGCACAGGCUGUCUCACCCAAUCGGUUUUGUCUUGUUUUUUUGCUGGACUGGAAAAUGGAAUUCUGGCAAUGAGCUAUGAUCGAUUUGUGGCCAUCUGUCACCUGCUGAGGUACAAUGUCAUCAUGAAACCCAAACUUUGCGGGCUGCUGGUUCUGCUGUCCUUCUUCAUUAGCGUUGUGGAUUCCCUGAUGCACAGUCUGAUGGUGCUGCGACUGUCCUUCUGCACAGACCUGGAAAUCCCCCACUUUUUCUGUGAACUCACUCAUGUUCUCAAGCUCACCUGUUCUGAUACCCUCAUCAAUAAUGUCCUGGUGUAUUUAGUGACCAGUGUGUUGGGUGUCAUUCCUCUCUCUGCAAUCAUUUUCUCUUACACCCGAAUUGUCUCCUCUGUCUUGAAAAGUCCAUCAGCUAGUGGAAAGUAUAAAGCGUUUUCCAUCUGUAUGUCACACAUAAUUGUUGUUUCCUUGUUCUACAGGACAGAUUUUGGGGUGUACCUUAGUUCUGCAGCUACUCACUCCUCCAGAAAGAGUGCAAUAGCCUCAAUUUGUAUUAAUACUCAAGGAUCUGUCAUCUACUAA